AUGUUGAUCUCUUUGACAGUCGGCAAGGUAGAUGCGGGCGUCGCUGUGCUUCUGACCCAAGACAAUCGACUCAUUGAAUUUCCCUCCGUUCUUCUCCCAAACAAUAUAUCCUCCGGUAGCAUUGUCGAUAUCACUGUUUCGCGCAACCAUGCCGCAGAGACAGCCAACGCGACAACUUUCCAAUCCCUACAGAAGCGCAUCUUGAAUAACUACGGUGUCAAGACACCCUCCCCGCCUAUCCUCCGCCUGCGUAAUGCGACGCAAACUUCUCUCGUUCUCGAGUGGGACCCGAUCGACCUGGCCACAGCCUCUUUAAGAUCUCUCUCCCUGUACCGAAAUGGCUCUAAGGCAGGCUCAAUACCGCGCCCACUCGAGACUCGCAGCACAAAGAUUAGUGGUCUGGCUAUUCACAACGAGUACACCUUCCACUUGGUCUUGCGAACAACUGCCGGUACUUACCAAUCCGAGAAACUCACCUGCCAAACCCACAAGAUGACCGACUUAUCCGGUAUCACUAUCACCCCGGGUAUCCUCGAUCCACAGCGCAAGGAAGCCCUCGGGUUGGCGCUCGACCGCAUUGGAGGCAAGUUGAUCGACUCAGUCCGCAUUGACACUACUCACUUCGUGUGCUCGGAGGGAAGAGGCCCGCUCUGGGAGAAGGCUGUGGAAAUGAACAUUCCAGUGGUUGUACCGGAGUGGGUGGAUGACUGUGAAUCUCAAGGGACUAUCGUUGGUGUCCGUGGUUACUAUCUCAACGCCGAUCCUAAAGCCCGUCAGCUGGGUGUGAUUCACAGUUCUUCCCACCAACGCACUACAUCCGUUCUUUCAUCUUCCACACUUGCAGCGAGCCGACCAAGCCUCCAGCCACGACGAAGUGAACAAGACCAACCUGCUGUCGAGCCGCCAACAACCCCCUUCCCUGGAGGCGAAACUAGCAGUCAGGCACAGGUGCAGGCACAGGCGCAAGAAGUUUCGUCAGAAGAUGAAGAGAAAGUGCCCCCACCUCCUCCAGCGAAGGACGAACCCUCAGAGGAGCCUAUUCAGCCGAGUGUCCAGGUGCAAGUUACACCUCCAGAAGCGGACGAGAGAGCAGAAGAACCAGAACCAGAACCAGAGGCACAGGCGGAAGAAAGCAAAGAGAGUACACUUCCACAGAAUAGGCCCGAAGACGAUCAGCCAGAAAGCCCCAAAGCCAAAAGCAAAGAAGGCGAAGGCGACUUUAAUGAAGUCCCAUUGUAA